GGGAAAAAUUCAAGCAACAAUUAAUAAUUUCAGUUUGCACCUCUCUCUCUAUAUAUUUACCAACGGGGCCGGCUAGACAGUUUACUUUCAGGCAGGCAGGCAGCAGCAGCUAUUACUAUCGAGCUGAAAACGAGUUCAGUACAGCUGCGGGCAUCGCCGGCCGGCCGGCCGGCUGCUCCCCUUCAACCAACCAAAAAAACUUAGGCUUAGGUCGUCAUGGAGCAGCAGUUGUCCUCGCCGUCGGCGUCGCAGCGUGGCGGCGGGAGGGAGCUGCAGGGUCCACGGCCGGCGCCGCUCAAGGUCCGCAAGGAGUCUCACAAGAUCAGGAAGCAGGAGCCGGUGCAGCAGCUCCGGCAGCCGGUCAUCAUCUACACCAUGUCGCCCAAGGUCGUCCACGCCAACGCCGCCGACUUCAUGUCCGUCGUGCAGCGCCUCACCGGCGCCCCGCCCACCGCACCGCCGCAGCCGCAGCCGCACCACCCCACGCUCUUGGCGCAGAUGCCGCCGCAGCCGUCGUUCCCUUUCCACCUCCAACAGCAAGAUGCUUGGCCCCAGCAGCAGCACUCGCCCGCCGCCAUCGAGCAAGCGGCAGCACGGAGCUCCGGCGCCGAUCUGCCACCGUUGCCGAGCAUCCUGUCGCCGGUGCCGGGGACAGUACUGCCAGCUAUCCCGGCGAGCUUCUUCUCCCCGCCGUCGUUGAUCAGCCCCGUGCCAUUUCUUGGUGCAACGACUACUUCUUCUGCUGCGCCGUCGACGUCGCCGUCUCCAAUGGGCGGCAGCGCCUACUAUUGGGAUCUCUUCAACAUGCAGCAGCAGCAGCACUACCACCACCAAAAUUAAUUAAUUUCAUCCAUCAAUUCAGAUAUAUAAUUUGCACGGAUAUGGCGCGGUCAUCAUCACAAUAUUGGCAUCCAUUUAAUUAGUUCCUAAGCUAGUUAGGGUUUACCAUAUUUUUUUUAGAUAUAUGACGUCAUAGUCAUACAGGAGAAAAUCCACUGUCAGAUGAUAGAGUACAUUGGGAUUAAUUAUUGAUAGAUAGUCGAUGCUAAUUACCUCGUUAGCUAGCUAGCUUAAUUAGUUAGAGUGCACAACUGUAACUAACUCUAGCUAGCUGCAAGGAAGCUUCAUCGUAUCGAUCGCCAGCACCUACUAAUUGAUUUUCUCCGAUGUACUUGCUGUAAUUUUUCACUCUUGUAGGCACCCCACUUAAUUUGGAGGUGAUAAUAUACCUAGAUGCCACAGUGUAUAAUGUAAUAUUCACUUCAUUCAUUUUUUAUAUAAACUACAGGUAUGUUAACCAGUUGUGCCCUCUUGUAUUAUAUAUGCUCUUGAUUCUACCGUACGUACCACACCAUGCACGCAUUGCGGUCAGUUCAGAGAGAAAAAAAAAAUCAGAAUUGCUAACCUACUGCCGACAUAAAUUGCACCCCUAAAUCUUGCAGAUUUUGAGCCACUGGAUGAGCUUCGAGAUUCAUGCUCCAGGCCUUCUACUCCAACUCCAGUGACCUCCUCUUCUUUUCCAGCGCCGACGACACCUAGACUCCGGCAGAGGACUCUACGGGUUAAGGUCUC